GUUUCGAUCCAUGUCAUUUAUAAUAAACACACAGUUUAUUAGCAAGCUUAUAAUAUCAAAUCAAAUACGAAACACGAUUUCAAAAAAGUCAUGUAAUGUUGAAAAUAUGUUUUUGUCGCGUUUUAAAAGAUACUUCUUGUUUGCAGCUAUAAUCUUAUCGUUUGUUUUAAUAUUUAUCAAUGAAUUCUUUAUUUACUCGCUUUAUCGGCUAAGUUGGAGUUCAAUCCGAUGUAAAAAGGUGGAUUGCACGAAAAUUCUGCUUGUAUCGGAUCCACAAAUUCUCGGCGAAACAUUCGAUACAAAUAUUUACAGUGGCAUUGCCAUCGUUGAUUCAGAUAAAUAUUUGAAAGAAACAUUCGAUCGCGCCUAUGCCUUUGCAAAACCGGACGUUAUUUGUUUUUUGGGUGAUUUAAUGGACGAGGGUAGUGUUGCUGCUGAUGACGCAUACCAACGAUAUUUGCGUCGUUUUAAUAGCAUCUUCAAAACGAGUGCAAAUGUUAAACACUUUUAUAUUCCUGGUGACAAUGACAUCGGUGGCGAACGUCAUGACUAUGUAACCGUGUUUAAAAGGAAACGUUUUAACAAAAGUUUCAAUGAAACGAACUCAAUUUCAAUUGGAAAACGAUUACGAAUACUCAAUAUAAAUUUGCUCACACACAUAUACCCUGAUCUCAAUGUAACCGAUACAUCAUCAAGUAAAUUACUGAACAUCGUGGCAACACACAUAUCAGUUCUAUCAUAUCCCGGAAUUACGAUGAAAACGAUCAUGGAUCAAUUCAAACCAAAUAUCAUAUUUUCGGGUCAUUCGCACUUAUCUGCAGUUGUCACAUAUCCGCCACAAAAUAUUCAAAAUCUAGUCGACAAUCGCAUAGUCAACGUUGAAAUGAACAAUUUAAAUGUCGUUGAAAUUGUUGUUCCUACAUCAAGUUAUAGAAUGGGCGUAACGAAUAUAGGCUAUGGAUAUGCCGUAAUUGAUGACGAUGUGAUGCAAUACACCGUGCUUUGGUCACCAGAUCGUUUCAAAUGUCUGUGGUUAUAUGUUAUUUGGCUUGGUGUUCUCUUUUUGAUGCCACUAAUGUGGUUGAUCUAUCGAAACUGUUCGAUUUUCCAUCGUCGUGUAACUUAUCGACUUCGCUUGAUGAUCGCAACCGAUAAAUUUUAAAUCGUUUUAUUGCCUCGCUUUCGAAUCUCGCGCAUAUGUUUCUGGCAAUUUUUUGAAUCUCCAAUAAUAUAUAUAUAUAUAAUUUAAACGAAUUGAAUGAAACAACAAAUUGUUUGUUAGAAAAAUGAUUGUACAAAAAAAA